AUGAUGUCACGUCGAGCGUGUCAUGAGCACACACGAGUGAGGGAGCGCUCGCGCGGGCGCUGCAGGAGCCGCCGCCGCCAGCCGCCGCCGCCGUCGCCGCCCGCCGCCUCCAGCCGCCACACACAGCGUAUGACACUUGGUUUCGUUUCCCCCGCGCCCGCCGCUGCACUCGUCGUCCGCCGCCGAGGAAUCGAACGCCGGACCCGGCCGAAGCGUGGCUGGGACGCACGAAUGCAGCGGCCGGGAUGCGGUAUAUCUUUUUAU